UGGCGCUCGCUGUAAAAGGGGAAAAACUUUUUACGUACGGCCCAAGGUUCCGAUGACCGCGACUCAUCCAUCGCCAACUUUUUAGCGCUCACAGCCUAGGAUGAGUUUUAGCAUUAGCAAUUUGCAUUCGGAAACGCGGAACGCUUGUUGUCCUCAGCUGUGCAUAAGCGAUGAAGCGAGUGUUUCUACGAAACGGUUCGUCGCACAAAUCUUUAACCUGGUGUACGGCUUAAUAACUCAACUUCCAAUCGAAACAAUUUCUUCUGUGUGUUGUGUAUUGUUUUUUCUUCAACCAAAACAACUCGAGAGAAAGGAUAAAAUUCUCUGUGUUUUUUAAGAAUUGGAUAUGUGGAUAUUUAAAAUACUACUUCAUAAGUGUUGACGAGUAUUAUAAAAGUGCCGCCUGGGUGUAUGGAUAUCGGAAAUGUGUUGCAGUUACAGAAAAAUGAUUGUUCAUCAAACAUGGCAUGAUUUACAGUCAGUUUACUUACGGUUUUGUUAUUCAUUGUCGCUUUUUAUUAAUAUGGGCCAUCAUCGGUGAUUAAGGGGACAAAAUGGCAUUGAGGAGCAGGGGAUCAUCCUCAGAAUCUGAAGGGGAUGCUGUGGAUUCAAGUGUUAAAAUCCUCAUUAAUGAUGUAACGCCAUGUGAUUCUCGAGAAUUUUUGCACCUCCCAUCUAUUUUGUUGCAAUGUCCGAUACCGAUGCAGGCAGACAAAUUACCAGAGAAGGGUCCACUUCAGAGAAGAGCCUCUUGGACCUGUUCAAGAAAUCCAGAAACUGUAGUGAAAAUCACUAGAUGUUGGAGUCUGGGAGUUCUUAUAACAGACUUAGAACAUGCAAUUAAGAGAACAACAGAGGAAAUAAUCUUUCGCAGUAGAUUUUCAACAACUAAAGAGGGAAGUUCUGAUAGUAUACCCGAUGGUAUUAAAGAUAAGCAACGAAGUUUUUCUGCAGGAAGCGGCGAUGAUGUGUUCAAUUUUUGCAAUCAGUUGCAGGAUUCUGUUCAAAGCAUGAACGACGUAAUGCCAUCUAACCAAGCUCGUUCAUUAUCUAUAAGCAUUGGGGAGCCAAAAGUUGCUAAAAAGAACUCUUUGACUGCAUUGGAAAGUAAGAAUUCUGGUAAAGAAGAAUGGUUAAUUGCUCCUAGAUCAACACUCCAGAAAUCAGUUUCAACACCUUCUAUUGUUGCUGCUCAAGAAAUUCAAGAAAUUGCUCAUCGAAGAGAUGGUAGAGACAGUUCAUUCGGAAGAAAUCGUUUCUCAUUUCAAAAUGUUAGAAAUUCAUGUAUUGAAAUUAUGCAUGAAGAUGAUGAAGAGCAGGAGGAUGUAAAUAUCAAAAGAUUAAGCACCUUUUCUCUAGCUGGUCUGUUUCGAGAAAAUCUAUUGAAAACUGGAGCUCAAGAUGGUGAAGAUGAUAAACCAUUCAGCAAAAGAAAGAAAAGAGGCAGUUUAUUUUUUAGAAAGAAAAAGAACAAAGAGAAAGAAAAUAAGAAGAAUUCCUCUCAUCACUUUGUAUCCAUUUGUUACAGCACCGCCGCUACGUGUGAUGUCUGUAGUAGAGGCUUAGCCAAUAAAUCAGCCUUGAAAUGCGAAAAUUGUUCUGUAACGGUUCAUGACAGCUCUUGUAAAGAUCAUGUUCCUCAUUGCAUUCAAUCAAAAGUUCCAUCAACAGCAGAUAAAGAAGCUAACUCAUCUUUACUCAUUCCAUCUGGAAGUGUUCGUUAUCCCUCUCGUUAUCGUCAUCUAGUAGGAGUUCCCACUCUAACUCAUAGUCAGAGCUUAAUUCAUAUAGGUAAACAUCCUCAGCCAAAUAAAGAGAAAAAAUCCUCUCUUACGGAUUCAACCCGUAUAAAUGUAACAAGUGCAGAACCGACAAAAACUUCUUCAUCCUCCUCAAAUGCACCACGUAAAAACUACACUCCCAGUGGCUAUUCUCAGUGGCGUAGAGUGGCCACUAAACUGGGGGUCAAUAAAGUCAUAUGUGAAGAAAAAGAGGUUGAAGCAGUUGAAGAUAUAAAUACAAAUAUACUGGAGACAAAUUCUGCAUCUAUGGAAUCUCUAGAUGAUGGUUGCCAAGGAACAAGUGACGUUGAAGACGAAACCAUGCUUCAAUUACUCGAUGAUGAACCAGAAUCGUGGAAUGGUACCGUAGAUAAAAAGAUUCUCAAGAAAUUAAAAGACAAGGAUUUAAAAAGACAGGAAGCAAUAUAUGAGCUUAUUCUAACUGAGAAGCACCAUUGUCUUACACUAAAAGUCAUGCAGAGGGUCUUUGCUAAAGGAAUGAUACAAGAAUUGAAUCACUCCAAAGACAUGGUUCAGAGACUAUUUCCAUGUUUAGAACUUCUCCUUAAAUAUCAUCUAAGCUUUUUACAAAAGCUUCGAGAACGACAAAGAAUGGAACCUGUAGUGUCGCAUAUAGGAGAUGUUUUGUUGCAUCAAUUUACUGGGCAAAGUGCAGAAGAUUUAUGCCAGUAUUAUUCACAGUUCUGCAGUCAGCAUAAGGAAGCUCUUUCUUUGUAUAAAGAUAUUCUUAAAACUGACCGGAAAUUUCAAUCUUUUGUGAAGAGAUCUUCUACAAAGCCAUUUUGUAAAUCUAGAGGUAUUCCAGAAUGCAUAUUAUUGAUCACUCAACGUUUAACUAAAUACCCUCUUCUUAUUGAUGCUUUAAUUAAAACAACAAAAGAUAAUAAAGUGGAAAUUGAACGACUGCAUAAAGCUUUGAUUAAUAUAAAGGAAAUAGUGGAACAAGUAAAUGCAGCUGUGGCAGAAAAGGACAGAGAAUCUAGACUCUUAGAAAUUUAUAACAGAAUUGAUGCAAAAUCGACUGCCUUUUUCAGAAGAAAAAAAUUUAAGAAAUCGGAUUUAUUGUCUGAUGGCCGGAAACUUAGAUAUGAAGGAACUCUAGAAUGCAAAAGUGCAAGAGGGAAAGUUAUAGAUGUGCAUGUAAUAAUUCUGUCAGAUGUAAUAGUGCUGCUUCAAGAAAAUAAUCAAAAAUAUACAUUUGCAUCUUUGGAUAAUAAGGCUGCUGUUAUUUCCCUUCCAAAAUUGUUGGUUCGAGAAAAGGCUGGUCAAAAUAGUAAAGGCUUAUAUCUGAUUUCUUCAAACCCAAGUGAUCCUGAGAUGUAUGAAAUGCUUGCUUCCUCGCCGAAAGACAAAAAAGUGUGGUUGCAAGUAUUUCGGGAUGCUGUAGCUAUGGCCACUCAAGAAGCUAGAGCAACUGCUGCACUAGAGGUGGAUGAGGAUCAAGGUAUAGAAGAUGAAAUAGCUACGAAAAUCUCAGACUUAUGUGCAACCAUGCAAGAAAAAGAUGUUGAAAUAGUAACAUUAUGCGAAGAAAAGUUAAAAGCAAUGUAUAGUGCUUUGGAAUUGAUUGGUUUUGACAAACAAAAGAUGCCAAAUGUUGACUUGCAGCAAUUUCUCCAAAAAGAUGAAGAGGAAACAGAAAAUUUAUUAGUUUCAUAUUUAGAUCAAGCAUGCAGUAUAGCCAGUCGAAUGCUUUAUUUUGAUACAAGUCCUUACAGUAAUUCUAUUGAAUACACUACUUCUGCCAACAUGUCUCCCAUUCUGCCAAAAAGAGCUGAGACCUUUGGUGGCUUUGACAAUUCUGGAAGAGAAGUAACAGAUAAAGUCAGCGUUUUAAAACGAAAACUGAUGCAGCUAAAAGAGAUGGAUGGGGAUUGUCAUGGAGACAGAGAACUUUCUUGUUCUGAUUCCAGUCUUCAUAUCAAGCCCAAAACAGAGGGAGUUCCUAAUAUGAAAUUCAUUUCAUCUUUAAAAAGUCCUGAAACUGCAUCAAGUGGUAAUGCUUCCAGUAGCUCAUUCCAAAGUGGUUACAACCGCAUAGAAGAAGUUGCAGAAUUGAAUCAUCUUCUAGCUAAUGUGACGAGCUUAGUACAUCAUCACCUGUCUGUAUAUAGAAAAGAAUAUGGUAAACGAAGAUAUCGACCUGAUCAUCAACUCGAAGAACUACGGAACAUUCAAGAGAAAUUAAGUCAAGAGCGUCUCCAGUGGGAGCAAGAGAAGGCCAAAAAAGAGAAGGAAUUAGAAAAGAAGAAACAAGAACUACUUCAGAUGGAGAAGCGCAUUUGUGGUGAACAAGCCUCGACAGACUUUAACAAACUCACCUGUAACUUCCCAGAUCAAGUAUGUGAUCACAACUGCCCAUCUCUGAGCCUCUGUAGACACAGACGGUCAGCAUCCUUUGAUUUUCGAACUCUAGGUAACCUUACUCAUGAUGUUGGUGGCAGGCAGUCUUGGAGUGGCCCAAUCGAUGAUGCCUCCCUUUCAUGGCACCAACACUUCUGUGCCACCCAAAGUACAUCAAACAUUCCCCAGGCUGUAAUCAGUGUGCCAACAGCUCCACAUAGCAAUCAGAACUCACACGACAAAAGUCCUGAAGCAAACUCAAGCCCAGGUACUGAUUCUCGACGAGUAUCUGCAAGUGACGGUGCAAGUUCACCAAGCAUCACCAAGAACUGUAAGAAUGACCAGAAUUUUAACAGAUGCCCCUGUACACCCCCAUUAGAGUCGAACGAUAAGGAAUUAAACCACACGACCAAGUCGUUUUGUCGGUGUCAAGAUUCUUUGUAGAAAAAGCCAUGUUUCAAGUACAAGGAAGGACAAUCAUUUUUCAUUUGAAUAUCUGCACGGGUGAUAUUUCUUAAUGGUGACAAAACGUUUGUUGUGCAUUCCCAUUUCGAGUGAGUGUGACUUUUAUCAUGCAACUUUUAAGUGUUAUUCCAACAAUAUGCAGUUUUUAAUCGAAUCUCUUAUAUGUGACCAAGAAAAUCUUGCUGUUCUUGCCAUUUCUCAUAAUCGUGUCUUUUUUAAAGUUGAUUUUAAUUUUGUUAAUUUUCAAUAUAAAAUUGAAAUUAUAUUUAAUUUUUAUGCAAUUAUAGUCUUAAUUGGGGUUAUGGGAAAAUUUGGAACUUCUUUAGAAUUACUAAAUCAAAAGUUUAAAAAGUGGGUUCAAAUGAUCAAAAGUUACCCAAUCGAUUAAUAGGUCUUUUAUGUAUUCUUUUAAAUGGGAUUUUUUUUUAUUUUGAGAUAAAUAAAAUAUUUAGGUAACAUUGUUUCAUUUUAAAAAUGUAAAAAUACUAUAGCUACAAUAUUAUAGUUAAUAAUAAUUUAAAAAGCAGGAUUUCUUAAUGAAAUUUAAAAAGUAGUAUUUUAUUGGUUCUUUUUGAGCUUAAUUGUCUUUCUUACCUGCAAUGUUUGUUCAGAAAUUGUUUCCUUCAUUGCUAUUUAAAUGGUCUUUUUCAAUAGAACUACAGCUUUAACAUUGCAUUUUGCUUCUGUUAAUGGAUGCAUUAUUACCUUUGUCUUGCCAUUUAUUAUGAAAAAUUCUGUGAAUGUUGACAUUUUGGAUCAAGUUGUCCUAUGAAUCUCAGAAUUUUUUUCCAAUCAUUCCAUUUUGCAAUUUGUAUUAUAUGUAUGUGGUGUUAUUGCUGUGAAUGAAUUGUGACUAUGUAUAAUUUGUUAAAUUAUUUGUACAAACUAUGUGUCUCUGUUUACUUUAACUUUAGGAAAUGCUUCCAAAAGUUAGGAAAAGAAACAAAUCAAACCGAAUAUUCCGCUCUUGCAAAUGUUUUGCAUUUAUUGUUUUAUGUGAUUUAUUAAAAUUAUAGGCGCUAGUCUUCCAAACUGUUAAAUCUGGUAUAAUUGUUAUUUGAUCUGUUAUCAAAAUUAAAAUUGGAAACAUUAAUGAAAUACUGUUAAAGAAAUCAAACAUGUGUAUAUAAAUAUAUAAUUGUUUAUGUUAAGAUUUCAGUCUUUCUCGCAGUGCAUAUGUCUUCAUGUUUUUCAGCACAAGUAUUUGUAAUUAAAUU